AUUGAACAUGAAUGUUUGAACCAAUUUUCAUUCAGUCCUUUCCAUCCACACGUUCAGUGUUAUAGGUAGUCAGGAUGAACACCAUUCAGUAUUUAAUUUUUUUGUAUAAUGUAGUGAAUUCGUUGCAAACUGGAAGUAGCACUCUGGAAUUUGUUCAUAUUAUUUUCAGACAUGGUGCACGAACUCCAGAGAUCAAGGACACUUAUCCUACUGAUCCAUAUAAGGCAGAUGCAUUUCUACCAAUGGGAUACGGUGAACUAACAAAACUAGGAAAAAGACAGGAAUAUGAACUGGGAAAAAUGUUGAGGCAGCGAUACAACGAAUUUUUGGGAAAACUCUUCUAUCCUGAAAUGGCGCUGGCACGCAGCACAGAUUACUCCAGAACCAAAAUGUCGGCACUACUGGUAUUGGCAGGACUAUUUCCUCCUUCGGAAUCCGAGAUUUGGAACGAACAAUUGCCUUGGCAGCCGAUCCCAGUAGCGUACGAGAAAUUUAACGAAGAUACCUUACUCGUGAGAGCUCAUCAUUUCUGUCCAAAAUACGUCCAACAAUACAAUGAAGCACAGAACUCCACAGAAGUCCAGACUUUCCUGAGGAACCACAAGGAUUCCAUGGAAUACAUUUCGAAUCAUACCGGGAUGAAAAUGGAAACGAUAUACGAUGGUUUUUUCUUGUAUCAGACUCUACUUGCGGAAGACAAGAUGAAUUUGACUCUGCCGGAAUGGACGAAAAAAGUAUAUCCAGAGAUACUUUCCAAAUUUGCUCUGGAAAGGUGCAUUCUAGAGAAUUUCACGCCUGACAUGAAGAAGUUGCAAGGAGGAAGAAUUUGGCAGCAGAUUCUGAAGAACAUGAUAUCAAAAUCGAAGAAUGAACUUCAACCCGAGAGGAGGAAGAUCAUUUUAUAUUCUGGACACGAUUAUGUCGUUUAUAAUACAUUGGUUGCUCUGAAUUUGACUGAACCACAUUUUCCAGAAUACAGUGCUGCAGUUAUCAUUGAACUUCAUCGUAUAGAAGGCAAUGAAUAUGGAAUCAAGAUCCUUUAUUCUAGAUCAAGAGAAAGUGAAAUCGAGGUACUGAAAUUGAAGAACUGCAAGGAAAUAUGUCCUCUGAAAGACUUCCUCACAUUGACGAAGCCACUGAUUCCAGGAAAUUAUACUGCAGAAUGCGAAUCAAACAUUGAUCUGGAUUCUAGAUUGCGAUGAUGUAGAGAUGAUAAUGAUUGCUUAUCGUAUUAGUAUUUUUGCCCUGCUUUUAGAACUUAAUUCCUCAGGGACUAAAAUGUAUGCAAAAACCAUAUCGCUAAGUGAAAACACAUUAUUGAACUCGUAUUGUCAAAGUGGACUAUUGUGAUUGGGAUGCUGAAAUGAUUAUAGUGUGUUUACUUUCCACUCUAGUUUCAUUCAGCCUAUCUCGAUGGAUUAAGGACAUACUCUGAAAUGUCGCAUGUAGUAGGCGACAUUUCGAUUUUGUCAUCAAAGUAUCAUCAUAUUAUAUUCAACAUUGUCAACCAUUCUUAUCUUCUCAAAGUAACAAACUCUUCAAAAUUCAUUGAUGAGUGUCGCUUUCGCUAGUUUUCAUGUGAAAUUGUGGACUGUAUUAAAUUGGUAUCCAAGUAGAAAAAAGUCGUUAUUGCAUCCUUCGGUAUACAGACAGUUAUUAGAAAUUAUUGAAGCUAUAUCAAUUCGUUAAGUCAAUCUGACAACACUUCAUUAUUUAAUCAACAAAAACCCAUCUCACAGAGAAACCAAAUCGCUUUUUACAACAAUAUACUGAGGAAUUAUCGUUGCCUUUCGAUUCCAACAACCUCCCCACCGGCUUGAUUGAUUCCAUCUGCACAUGAAAGAGGAUACAAUUUUGUAAUCGGUCUAACAAAAUUCCCGGACAUUGUACGAAUUCACCAACUCGAACCUUUUUAUCAGAUCCUGGCAUCACCUUCAUAAUACGAGCUAAUCGCCAUUCAAGAGGUGGAAGAUUAUCUUCCUUCACUUAAAUCAAAUCAUUAACUUCCGAAUUCUGGAAUACUUUGGCCCAUUUUGGUUUAUUUUGAAGUCUAUUCAGG